AUGGAGCUUAUGUCCUCGGGUUCUCGGUCGAGUGGGGAUGAUAGGGAUUUCAAAAUGGUGACUUAUGUGAAGGGCCUUUAUGCUCUUAAUGAUGCUUUUGCCGAUCCCGUAUCUACCGAGAUUGAGGCAAAAUUUGACUCUUGGAUUGUUUAUUCCCGUUUUAAUGCUAUUUUUUUGCCGUUUUUUUGUUGUUGUAGGCAUUAUAAUUGUUAUGAAGACGGCGCAAAGAAAUUUACCCCGGGUUUUAGGCUAGGUGUUGAUUAUGUUGAGGAUAAAACUUGGUUUUACCAUUUGGCCACAUGCGACAUGUUUAUGAACGACUCGCAUAUGAACACCAUAUUCUAUUACCUUCGGAAAAAAGGUAAGUAUUCUUCCGCUGUGACGUUGAAUUUCGCAACCACUGAUUGUCUUUUUGAUGAUUCCAUCCAAGCAUUGUACCACAAAUUUAACAAGGCCAAGUCAAUGAAGACUAAGAUGUCACACAUUCACGCCGCCCACCCAAUUGCGCAUUACAUCCGAGGUAUGCGCAUUCCCUGUUCCAAGCCUUGGUAUGAAGCCGAUCACGUGCUUUUCAUCAUCAAUUUAAGAAGGGAAAGUCAUUGGGUUUUUGGGCGUCUUGACGUGCACGAAAGGACGUUAUUUCUGUACAAUUCUUUGAGAACCGCGAAGAUGAAUGCCGCAGCUAGGAAUGCGAUGAAGGCUUAUUCCGUGUUGCUGCCUUUGUUUUUCGAUUUACUUGGGUUACGGAAGAAUAGAGCACAAGUUCUGCCUCGGUUUCGACCACUACGGCUCCAUUCGGAAUCGUGGAGCUUAGUGGUCUUGCUGAUUGUGGAGCAUAUGUUGCUGCCUUUGCCGAAUUCUUUAUACACGGAAAGGAUGUCCCCGUACUUUGACAUCGAAGUUUAUCGAACCCGACUUGCUUCACUUUUCUACUCGUACGGACAAAGGAAAAUUGACGAAAGUAUUGACAGCGAGGAUGAGAAGCAAACCAAGUCUUCUAAGGCAUCUAAAUUGAAGAAAUAG